AGGAAAGACAGAUAGAGUCAGGCAGCGGCAAGGGGUGGCUGUACGACCCUCUUUUGGGGGGGGUCUGAUUAUUACAAAAAAAUAUACACACAUAUAUGCAUGCCCCGGCCGCAAGAUAGGUCAUAUGACGAUAAUAGGUAUUUUAGAAAGCAUAUAGCUAUAUAUCUAUACAUUUAAGAUGCCUAUUUUACUUUUCCUGAUAGACACGUCCGCUUCUAUGAAUCAGCGCACUUAUUUGGGUACGACGUAUCUGGACAUUGCUAAAGGCGCGGUUGAGAUCUUUAUGAAGCUGCGUGCCCGAGACCCGGCUAGUAGAGGCGACAGGUACAUGCUAGUUACAUUCGAUGAUCCACCAUACGGAGUUAAGGCGGGCUGGAAGGAGAACCAUGCCACGUUUAUGAGUGAACUGAAGAACCUGCAGGCGUCUGGACUGACAACUCUGGGUCACGCUCUCCGCGCGGCCUUUGACCUACUCAACCUAAACCGCCUUGUCUCUGGCAUCGACAACUAUGGACAGGGCCGUAACCCGUUCUUUCUGGAGCCUUCGGUGAUCAUCACCAUCACGGAUGGGAACAAGCUGACUCACACCUCUGGGGUGCCGGAUGAGCUUCACCUGCCCCUGACCUCUCCACUGCCAGGCAGUGAGCUGACCAAGGAGCCAUUCCGGUGGGACCAGCGGCUCUUCGCCCUGGUGCUGCGUCUCCCUGGGGCAGCCACGCCCGACAGCGAGCAGCUGGGCAGCGUCCCCAACGACGAGUCUGCCAUCACCCAGAUGUGUGAGGUCACUGGAGGUCGGUCAUACUGUGUACGGACUCAGAGGAUGCUGAACCAGUGUCUGGACUCUCUGGUCCAGAAGGUUCUGAGUGGUGUCGUCAUCAACUUUGAAAAGACAGGGCCAGAUCCGCCUCUGGUAGGCGAAGAUGGUAUGGUUGACCCGAGCCGGCCCGUGUUGUCCUUCAGCCCACAGCCCUGGCACAGCUGCCACAAGCUCAUCUACGUGCGACCCAACCCCAAGACAGGGGUGCCUGUAGGCCACUGGCCCAUCCCCGAGUCCUUCUGGCCGGACCAGAACUCCCCCGCUCUGCCUCCUCGCUCUGCCCACCCCAUGGUGCGUUUCACCUGUGUGGACUGUGAGCCCAUGGUGAUUGACAAGCUGCCCUUUGACAAGUACGAACUGGAGCCCUCGCCACUCACCCAGUAUAUCCUGGAGAGGAAGUCCCCACACAUGUGCUGGCAGGUCUUUGUGAACAGUAGUGGAAAGCACAGUGACCUAGCCCAGCCCUUUGGCUACCUGAAGGCCAGCACCACUCUCUCCUGUGUCAACCUCUUCGUCAUGCCUUACAACUACCCAGUUGUUUUGCCACUCCUUGAUGACCUGUUUAAAGUGCACAAACUGAAGCCAAACCUAAAGUGGCGGCAGGCCUUUGAGAUCUACCUGAAGACCAUGCCUCCUUACUUUCUCUUGCCAUUGAAGAAGGCACUGCGAAUGAUGGGAGCACCCAACCUCAUCUCCGACAACAUGGACUGUGGCCUCAGCUACAGUGUCAUCUCCUACCUAAAGAAGCUUAGCCAGCAGGCAAAGAUGGAGUCGGAUCGCCUGAUCGUGUCUGUAGGGAAGAAGGCUCCCCAAGAGACUGGGAUAAAGGUGAAGAACCACUCCAACACCCUGUCCCUGGCCCACCGCAAAGACUUCAAGCAGCUGCUGCAGGGUAUCACAGGAGAGAUGUCCCUCCGCCUUGCAGACAUCAACUUCAAGGAGUUUGCCGGCUUUCAGAUUGCACUGCUCAACAAGGAUCUAAAGCCUCAGGCGUAUCGAAACGCCUAUGACAUCCCAAGGAGGAACCUUCUAGAUCAGCUGACACGGAUGCGCUCCAACCUUCUGAGGACUACUCAGAAACUUAUCAGAGGACAAGAUGAAGACUACCUUCACAGUAUACCCAUGGUUCAGAUGGGCAACUAUCAGGAGUAUCUAAAGAUGAUGCCGUCUCCUCUGAGAGAGAUCGACCCUGACCAACCCAAACGCCUGCACACCUUCGGCAACCCAUUCAAACAGGACAAGAAGGGGAUGAUGAUUGAUGAGGCAGAUGAGUUUGUAACGGGUCCCCAAAGCAAGAAGAGAGGUGUUACUGGGGACCCCAACUCGGGGGCUGCUCUGAAGAGAAGGCGGAGCAUGUCCCCUUUACUGCGUCGGCCCCAGACUCCACCAAUCAUCACCAACCAUGUAGUGGGGAAGGGGUCCAAUGGGAACGGGGUCCAGGGCCAGCCUGGCAUCAAGCCCAUCCCACUGCACAAAGGUAGGGGAGCAGAGGGGAACAGCAUGCUGGGCACAGAGAAUAACGGGGAGGGGGUUGUGGGGCCUGAAUCAGGGGACGGCUGGCCUGGAGUGGUGGUGGACGGUGUGGGAGGGGGCACAAAUGCACUCAUCCUGGAGGAGAGAGAGGAUGAGAGGCCUGGGAUGUGUGCGGAGGACAGUGGGGAGGACAGUGGCGUGGAGGAGGACAGGUUAGGGGAGGGUGGCUUGGAUGAGCGGCACCCCUCAGAGAGACAGCAGCAAAGCUGUGAGGGGGACCCGGAGGGAGAGCUGGAGGGAGAUGAAAAUGGAGCAGACCAAGCUGAGCCUGAGGCGGUCACCAUAGCCCCACUAGAUGGCAGCAAUGCUGAGCUGCGCACACGGGUCAUCAAGGAGGUCCGCAAACCUGGCCGCAACUAUGAGACCAUAUUCAGGCUGCUGGAGGAGGUGAAGGGGUCUGUGACGGUCCAGAGGUACUUCAUCCAUCACGCGAUCAAGGAGGCUGCCAGGUUUAAGAAGCGGGUGCUGAUCCAGCAGUUGGAGACAGCUCUGGAGUUGAUUGAGGAGAAGGAGCUGCAGCUCCCUGCUGUCCGCCUCAACAACGACCAUGGUAGAUAGUGAAGAAGUGGCCUGCAGGGGUCCCUGCUCAGAAUCACAAAGAUAUGUACAGGAACAGGGUACUCUCCUUCACAAGACAUGGACAGGAACAGGGUACUCUCCUUAACAAGACAUGGACAGGAACAGGGUACUCUCCUUAACAAGACAUGGACAGGAACAGGGUACUCUCCUUAAUAAGACAUGACUUACACAUGGUCCAACAACACCCCAUAGGAUGUAAAGUUGAAAGAAGGAGGCAAUAGAGGAGACAACAGAGGGCUGAGAUCCCUUCCUAUCUAUGUGUUGUGACAUUGUGCCUCAACAGCACUCACACAUGGAGAUGGAAGGGUCAGUGGUUAUAAUUCGGGAGGGAGGAGGAGGGUAGGGCCAGAGCCAGACCAAUGUGGAGAUAAGUUAAGAGACUCUGGAUGUAAUCCACUCCAAUAGUGACUGAUGCCAUUGCUGACCAUAUGGCUAAUUCAGUUUGUCCACAGACAUUGAUUAAUUCACACACA